GGGAGAAGACAGUUUCCUGUGUGAGCACCUGUCCCCAUCACAGGGGCAUGGGGCCCAGGCUGUUAGAGAUCAGCAGGCACUUUUGUGCUUGAAGUCAAAUGGGGAUGAGGCAGCCAGGAAGGCUGUUUGGAUCACAGCUGUCUACCCAGAAGCCAGAGAUUGCUGUCAACAGGCUUCGAUUUCAAGCCCUCCACGGAUGGGGAGUGUCGGCCUUCUCCAAAGCCCGCCUGGCCUGUCUGUCCUCUCUCCUUCUCCCAGGGUGGGCCCCUGUGCUCAGCCAAGGUAGCCCUGUGCUAGGAAAGGUACAAGGCAAUGUUAGAAGUGGUGAUUUCACCCAGCCUUGCAGCAAGCAGUGACUGCAAGGAAUCCCUGACGUGGAGUGAAGACAGCCCUGCCGUGGGGGCUCUGAGUGACAGAGAAGGUGUCACCAAAUCGCCCUCUCUGAGUGUGCCCCAGCUCUUUGCGAAGCCUCACCCGUGUGUCCCUCCUGGUCAGUGCUCUGCAGCCAUGGCAACCUAUGGCCAGACACAGUACAGCACAGGCAUCCAGCAGGCACCACCCUAUACAGCGUACCCACCUCCAGCACAAGCCUAUGGGAUCCCCCCUUACAGUAUCAAGACAGAAGACAGUUUGAACCAUUCCCCCAGCCAGAGUGGCUUCCUGAGCUACGGACCAAGCUUCAGCACCGCGCCUGCUGGACAGAGCCCAUAUGCCUACCCAGUGCACAGCACCACAGGGCUCUACCAAGGCACCAACGGAUUGACCAACACAACCGGAUUUGGGAGCAUGCACCAGGAUUACCCCUCGUACCCCGGCUUCCCACAGAACCAGUACCCCCAGUAUUUCAGCCCACCCUACAACCCUCCCUACGUCCCCGCCAGCAGCCUCUGCUCCUCGCCCCUCUCCACGUCCACCUACGUCCUCCAGGAGGCUCCUCACAAUGUUCCCAACCAGACUUCUGAGUCACUAGCCGGUGACUACAACACACACAACGGGCCUUCCACACCAGCGAAAGAGGACGACACAGACAGGCCCCAUCGGGCCCCAGAGGGGAAGCUACGCGGCCGGUCAAAGAGGAGUAGUGACCCCUCCCCAGCAGGGGACAAUGAGAUUGAGCGGGUGUUCGUCUGGGACCUGGACGAGACGAUCAUCAUUUUCCACUCCCUGCUCACAGGGACUUUUGCAUCCAGAUAUGGGAAGUUUUUGAGGCGGGGUCUCUCAGUGAAAGUGGAACUCACUGACUUGGACACUACGACGUCAGUGCGCAUCGGCCUGAUGAUGGAGGAGAUGAUCUUCAACCUCGCUGACACACACCUGUUCUUCAAUGACCUGGAGGACUGUGACCAAAUCCACGUGGAUGAUGUCUCAUCUGACGACAAUGGCCAGGAUCUGAGCACAUACAACUUUUCCACUGAUGGUUUCCACAGCACGGCACCUGGGGCCAGCUUGUGCCUGGGUACAGGUGUGCAUGGUGGUGUGGACUGGAUGAGGAAACUAGCCUUCCGCUACCGCCGGGUGAAGGAGAUGUACAACACCUACCGCAACAACGUGGGUGGCUUGAUAGGCGCUCCCAAAAGAGAGACGUGGCUGCAGCUGCGCGCCGAACUGGAGGCCCUGACUGACCUGUGGCUCACCCACUCCCUGAAGGCCCUCAACCUCAUCAACUCUCGACCCAACUGUGUCAAUGUGUUGGUCACCACCACGCAACUGAUCCCUGCACUGGCCAAGGUCCUGCUGUACGGCCUGGGCUCCGUGUUCCCCAUUGAGAACAUCUACAGUGCGACCAAAACAGGCAAGGAGAGCUGCUUCGAGAGAAUCAUGCAGAGAUUCGGCCGCAAAGCCGUCUACAUUGUGAUAGGUGACGGAGUGGAAGAAGAACAAGGAGCCAAGAAGCACAACAUGCCUUUCUGGAGGAUAUCCUGCCACGCCGACCUGGAGGCUCUGAGGCACGCCCUGGAACUGGAGUAUCUAUAGCAGUGAGGAGGCUCUGAGGCACGCCCUAGAACUGGAGUAUCUAUAGCAGUGAGGGUUGCAGCCACCACCUCAGCCACCACCUGCCACCCAGGCCCCGUCUUCUCACUCCAUGAGAGCCCUAGACACCGGACACUGGGUAGGGGCCCUCCACCCAAGGGACACGUCCCACGGCCGCCUCAGAAGUGUCCUCUUCGCUUGAGGACAGACAGUCAGGCUGUCUUGUGAAACCCAGAGACCCAAAUGAGGGAGCGUCGGCUCGGGGGGCACGGGGCAGCUCAUCCUGUUUUCUUUUUUUAAUUUAUGGACUGGUCCCAUUAUUCACAUUACCCGCUGGCCCCUGCGCUGUGGUUUCUUGAGAGUUAGUCUGGUUUGGGGUUCUACACUGGCUGAGGGGUGGCUCCCAGUCCUGUGCUUGCUUCAGGGACAAUCUUUCUCUGGACGUCGGUGAGGGAGGCAAGGUAGGGCUGUGGGGACACCUCUGGCUGACUUUUCAUUUUCCAAGCCCCUCCCUGGUGUCAUGUGGACAGUGUGCGUGCCUUAUGCCGCCAUCUUGUUUUGUAGGAAAAGUGGGACCCUGGGAAGGAAGAGGUACUUUGUGAUGAUGGAUAAAGGCAUUAAAUAAAACCACGUUUACAUUUGAA